AUGAUCUCGACUUGCCUGUUCUUCUCAAUCUGUUGGCUAUUGUAUGUAGGUGUCAUAGCACAUACCAAACAGCGCUACCAUCUGGACUCAAGAUAUGAAGGAGCGAACUUCUUCAGUGGAUGGGAAUUUUUUGUUGAUCCAGAUCCCACUCAUGGUUACGUCACAUAUGUCGACGAAGAAGUUUCGAGGGCAAAUCAUCUCACCAAUACAGAUACUUAUGGACCGGUAUAUAUGGGAGUCGAUUAUACUACUUUCUUAGAUCCUGCUGGUCCAGGACGAAAGAGUGUACGCAUAACGAGUCAGAAUUCAUGGACACAUGGAUUGUUUAUUGCAGAUAUUUUACACAUGCCUGGUGGAACUUGCGGUACCUGGCCAGCUUUUUGGUUGCUUGGCCCAGAUUGGCCGAAUAACGGGGAGAUUGAUAUCAUUGAAGGCGUUAAUCAACAAAGCGACAACCUAAUGACUCUCCAUACCUCGGCAAAUUGUACCAUGCCAAACAAAGACAACACACAACUAGGUACGAUGAAUAGCAAUCAAUGUGAUGGAACCUUAAACAACUACGCUGGCUGCGGCUCAACAGCUCAAGCCGGAGCAUCCACCUAUGGCAAAUCUUUCAACUCCAACGGUGGCGGCAUCUACGCUACAGAAUGGACCUCAGAACAUAUCAAGAUCUGGUUUUUUCCCCGCAAUACCAUUCCGUUUGAUAUCAAAAGAGGAACUCCAGAGCCCAGCUCCUGGUCAAAGUCUCAAGCAAUAUUCCAAGGUUCUUCGUCCUGUAUUAUUAACAGCCAUUUUGCGAAUCAGAGCUUAGUGUUUGAUACUACCUUCUGUGGUGAUUUUGCAGGAGCUGUCUGGGGAAAUGAUGGUGGAAUUUGCAGCCAAGGAGGAAAAUUGACUUGCGAACAAUUUGUGGCGGAAAAUCCAGAUGCCUUUAAAGAUACGUACUGGUUGAUCAACUCCGUCAAGGUUUACCAACUAGGAAAACAUCCGAUGGAUCUACGCAUGCCGGUAAGCGGAAGUACAGAUACACUUAGAGCUUGACUUUUACAGCUUUUGCAGAAAUUCAAGAUGCCUUGUAUCAACACGA